AUGGCAGAUUCUGAUACGCAAGAGACUCGCCAACCCGCAAAAGACUCACCGUUCUCCAUAAAGAACCUGCUGAAUAUUGAAGACAAACCCACGAAGCCGAAAAACAUCCUCGGCUCGUCCAAAGGCGUUUUUGAAGGCAGCUUCUUCUCUCGGUUCGGUGACUUGUCUUUCCCUCGCCUUGAGUUUCCCAGUCAGAGAAUUGGACUAUCCGCGCAGUAUUUGGAGCGAGCGUCUAGCUGGUGGUACCCCUACACGCUCGGGACGCAUUUUAGGACCGGAGGCUCUGAGAAGGUCAACGCGAGGGAAGCUUCACCGGCACCGGACAGGCGCUCCCCGGAUCUCCAAAAAAGUGACCAAGAUGCCAAAGAGGAGAGCGCCGACGACGACAUCGCGCUGGAUGAGAGUGACGCGGAAGAGCCAAAGAAAGAAAUAGACCAAGAGGACGAGUGGAGAAGGAAAACGGACGAGCUGGACUCCGACAAGAAGCCCUGUCGGAAGAAGAAGACGCGCACAGUGUUUUCCAGGAGUCAGGUCUUCCAGCUGGAAUCCACUUUCGACAUCAAGCGCUACCUGAGCAGCUCGGAGAGGGCAGGCCUGGCCGCGUCCCUGCACCUGACCGAGACGCAGGUGAAAAUCUGGUUUCAGAACCGGAGGAAUAAGUGGAAAAGGCAGCUGGCCGCGGAGCUGGAGGCGGCCAACCUGAGCCAUGCGGCGGCGCAGAGGAUUGUGCGGGUUCCAAUACUUUACCACGAAAACGGAGCCUCGGAAAGCAGCGGGGGCCCCGCUACAAACUCACCGGGCAGCCAGUCGCUGCUGGCGUUCCCCCACCACAUGUACUAUUCCCACCCAGUCCCUCUGCUGAGGCCUGUUUAA